AUGAAAUUGGAAGGCCAACGUGUGUUCCUCGGAAGUUUCGGCGUGGCGGGCCUCGGCGAUAACGGUAACCGGCCCGAAAGGCCAACGGCCAUCGGCGAUUUUCGCGGCGUACCGCCGACACAAACACAGCCGUGCGAAUACGGCGACACAGACAAGAGACAAACAGCAACCACGGCAACCGCAGCCACCGCCGCAGCCGUGCCGAAGACUUCGGCCGUCGGCUCGUCGCUUUUCACCAUCGACAGCAUACUGGCCCCGUCCCGACCGGACGCCGUCGGCCGCGGCCACGUUUCGGCCGCCGCAGCCGCCGCCGCGGCCGCAGGGUUUUUCAAGCAACCCAUCAACUUUGGACAACUGGCAGCCGCCGCUGCUGCUUCCGGUUAUGCGCACUCUACGGCCGCCAAUUUCUUAGCAGCCGCUGCCGGUUACCAGAGCAUUUACCCGAGCUAUAUGAUGGCCAUGGCGGUAACCGGCAACCACGGUGCCAACGGCGGACCGCAUCACGGUUCGGCGGCGUCCAUGUUUGCGGGCCCGCCGGCAAAGAGGAAAAGGAGACACCGGACCAUUUUCACGGAAGAACAACUGGAACAAUUGGAAGCCACGUUCGAGAAGACUCACUAUCCCGACGUUGUGCUCAGAGAACAGCUAGCACUCAAAGUGGACUUGAAAGAAGAACGAGUCGAGGUUUGGUUUAAAAACCGUCGGGCCAAGUGGCGAAAACAGAGACGCGAAGAACAAGAUAGAUUAAGAAAAAUGCAACAUCAUCUGGUCGACCAGCCUGGAGUGUCCAACGGGUUGGCUGUCGCAGUGGCAGCAGCGGCGGCGGCCAGGAGUGGAGAACACAUGCGUAUGAUACACCAUCACGUAGAAGAGGAAGAACUCGACGAAGAUCCCGAUUCUUCAGACCUAGAAGUGGCUUAAUAUGGAUUUUUUUUUUUGUAAAAUAAGAUAGUUGAUAACGUCGAAGUGUUUCCAGUAGGUAAUAUAAAUACUAUUGUAGUUUUAAACAUUUGUUUUUAUUUAUAGUUAAAACAACGGCGUACAGGUCUGGCAGAGAGAUAAUGCCAUU